GAAAUGUCUCCGGGCAGAUGCUCAACUCAUCGCCCUGACAUCACACGGCUAACAUGAAGCUCCUGCUCACGUUUGUGAUUUGCUUUACGGUAGCUCUAGCAGCGCCGGCUGAUAAGCAGAAAAGGGAUAUCCUGCCGGGCGACCCACGAUAUGGAACCGAGCAUCACCCUCAUCAUCACGAGCAGAACCCUCAAGAAAACGAGGUACAAGUCUUGAAAGCCGCCGGCGGUUACGUAGGUUCUUUCACGGUCCCAGACGACACAGUGGAUCACUCGUUGCAGGUACAAUCUGAACAGUAUGGCCCGCCCAACCAUACACCCGGCAAGCCUUUGGGAAGUGAGCCCUUCGUAACCGGUGAUGAGAAAAUUUCUGUUCCUCUUCAGGUGCCAGCCACUUCCUAUGGAAUACCCGACAUCACUCAGAUUGGUAUCAGCAACCUUCUUUCGCCCAUCAGCGAUGACAAGAAAUCUUCUCUUCUCAAGCAUGAGGAACUUAUUUCUUUCCCACAAACUUCAUACGGAACUCCUGUGGUGAAGACGACUCUCCCAGAGGAGCCGAAAUUCGAUAUCGUGCACACGCAAAAAACUGUGAUCCCUGAGAUCCAUCACGAGGUCCACAACGUGCAGCAACCAGCGGUUCUUCAUAAGCACGUGGAUACUGUUCCACAAACUGUCACUCUUCCGCGGGUGAAGGUGACAACAUCUCAUGUGCCUACCGAGAUCCAAGGGAAGACUCUGUACACCUAUCCCACAAGCUAUGCGUACCCUACGUACAACAUCCCCAUAAAAACUGUGGAUCACCACGUACGAGUGCACGUACCCCACCCGUACCAAGUCCCGGUAACCAAGCACGUUGCGUACCCCGUUGCCGUUCCACAGACUGUCGAAGUUCCUAAGCCCUACUACGUCCGCGUGCCCCAGCCUGUUCAGGUCACCGUGGAUCGUCCAUACCCAGUGGAAGUGCCCCGUCCGGUGCCAUACCCCGUUCCCCAUUAUGUAAAAACGAGUGUUCCGGCUACUCAUUCGCAUCACAUAACCACGUUGGACACUAAGGCCAUUCCAUUCCAGGGCUUCUUCGACAACACUCAAACGUCGUUCCAGAACGUGUUUGGAAAUCUGCCGACUUUCGGCAAUCCUCUGGAAGGCUUUUCGAAUCCCUUCGAAAACUUGGAUCUGUCAUCCAUCCCAGGCAUCUCCUCUUUGCCUUUCCCCUUACCGCCGUUCUUCCCGUCGCAGGGUCAAAAUACGGAUACGGCACCGAUUCAUGUCGAGUCAUCACCAGCUGUCGCGACCAACAGCGAUACGGUUACAGUCGAGAAUCCAGCGCUGAAGAGUGAAACCACAGUUACCAAAACCUCCGUCGUGCAACCAAUCGCGCAUCACACCAAGACGUCAUCCCAAGUGUAUAAGCCUUCCACUGCGUGCGCCGGAUGUACCGUGACCGCCGCCAGCAACAAGCAGGAAUAUGUGCAAGCCACUGAUGCCAAUGGUGGUUACGUCUACUAGAAUAUUUAUCUUAUAAUGAACACUAAAUAGGUUACUGGAAUUCCUUAGUAAAACUACACGUUACGCGAAAGAAUUAUUGAACGUGACAAUUUAUUUCUAAACAAUCGGAUUAAUCAAAAAGUUGAUUCCCUUUUUCUUUUUAUUUUAUUAAUAUAUAAUUCUUGAGUGCAUAAAGGAGAAAUGUUUAAAAACAUAUGAUAAUUAUUUUCCUAACAAUAUUUAUAAUAUUUGUAAUUAAAUAAAAACUAGGAACUUAGAAAGAUAUUUCUAAACAUCGAUGAGAUACUUAAAGACGAUCAGCUCUUGAUAAAUUUUUGUGAUUAUUAACUGGAUCUGGUGAGUCUAAAAAUAAAUGAAAAGUGACAUAUUGAUUUUUUCAAUUGUUAAUAUAAAUAUCUAAAUAGCCAACAAUUUAAAUUGUUAAAUCAUUUAUAAGUAAUCUUGUUGGUCCGAAUAAUUUUUCCAGAAAAAUGUUAAGAUAUACCUUUAAAUGGCACUUUGUUUAAAUUUAUUAAAGUUAUAUAUAUAUUUCUAUUUUUUAAUUUUUCACUCUAAUUAGAAAAUACGUAUCCAAGAAUUAAAUAGUUUUUAACUUUACUUAAUAUUUAAAUAAAUAAAUUUUCAAAAAUGUUAAUUUUAUAGUUUCUUUAAAUUUUUAUUACAAAAUUCUUUUAAUUUAUCAUUGUAUUUGUUACAGCUUCUUAUAUUUGAUCAUAUUCAAUUACUUUGUUUUAAUUUAUCUAAUUUUAAUUUAUUUUUUGGAUUUAUUCUUUUAUAAGAGUAAUUCUUUAUGCAAUAUUUUUAUAUAGUAAUAAAAUGGAAAACAGAAACUUUUUAAUUAAUCCGAUAUUUUGUCUUGAUCAAAAACAAAUAUAAAUGAGUAUUCCUGCGACAUUAAGAGAGAAAGAGAAAAGAAAGAGAGAUACUUAAUAAUUAACUUAAAAUAUCUACAACAUACUUGUAUAAUUUUAUAUUCUACAAUUAGAUCAACAUAAGAUUUAAAAAACUUUUUUCUUAAACAUUUAAAAAUUGAAAAGAUAUUUACCAAGAGCAAAAGGAUUAGGAUUUAGAGAAUAUCUUUUGUACGUAAAUAAAGUUCUUUUAUUA